AUGGCCCGGGCCUUCGUUUCUCUUUGCUUUAGCCUCGCUUUAUGCUUGGCCCUCGUCUCGGCGCUGGAUAUCCAGGGGAGGGUAGCAUGGAACCAAGCUUGCGGCAAUGCGUCGUUGUUGGGCCGUGCUAAAGCUGUCCUGGACGAUGGACGAUACGCUGGCGCUGUGACCCAUACAGGUCAUUUCACAAUUCCUAAUGUUCCAGAGGGAACGUACAUUCUCUCUAUUAUAUCUCAUGACCAUGUCUUCGACUCUGUUCGUGUCGAUGUGCUCAAGGGAGAGUCUAAACCAGAAAUUCGACCUUAUGUUCAAGGGACACCAUUAGACCCACCGUCCACCGUCCUACUCCCCUACCCAGUUACCCUAUCUGCCAAGGAAAGCUUUGUCUACUUCAAGCCUCCGGAAUCGUUCAACCUAGUGUCCAUGCUUUCCAACCCUAUGAUGAUGAUGAUGGUCGUUGGUGGUGUCAUGAUGCUGGGGAUGCCCUAUCUAAUGAAGAAUUUAGACCCUGAAGCGUUGGAGGAGCUCAAGAAAAACCAGGCUCAAAUGGCCGGUGUGCAGAAUGCACUCGCAGCUGGUGAUCUCAAGGGAGGGUUCUCGGCGAUCAUGACCGCUGCAGAUGAAGCAAAUGGGGAGGCUAGUUCGUCCAGUAAACCGACGCAGAAAGGACCUGUACGAGCACCAAAGAAGGGCAAACGAUAGAAUAGUAUACCCCAGCAGUGUAUCCUUGCGUCAUAUCCUAAUCUAUCUUCCGGUCUUGAAUACAGA